AUGAGGAGAACGGCAACGAGUACUUGUGGGCGGACCAGCACGAACUUUAUCACGAGGAGGUGGUGGCGAGUUCGAGUGGUGGUGCUGUCCGAGGCGUGCGGCCCAGCGACGGCAGCAGCGGGUGGGCGUCAGGCACGAGGCGGCCGCCGCGGGCGCCGCGCCCGCGGUGUUCGCGUCUCCGCCUCCUCAUCGUGGCGGCGCGGCGACCACCUUGUUCAAGUAUGUGUGACAGACGACGAUGUGCCUGAGGAUUUGCGUAAUAGGAUUUUGAGAGUGGUGGCUGAUAGGGAAGCUCGACAGCGGAGGGCCGAAAGGAGAAGGAUGGAAGUAGAUAAUGAUGAUGUGGCGGAUGACAUUGGACAUGCGGCCCUAUUCGAAAGAGAUGCGACUUCUCUUCACUUUGAUUGGCGCCGCAUGGACUCCUUUCAAGGUGAAAGAUAA